UUGCGCUCAGGCUGCCUGCCUCACUCCCAGGCUUGGAGGGUUUUCAGAUCGGACUGUGCGGGCUGCCAGUGGUGGGACAGGCCAGAGAGGGACGGGAGCCCACACACAGCCCAGCUAUUUGGGGCUCCCCAGGAAGCCCCCACAAUGGGAGUCCACCCCGAAGCUGGCAAAUCCCCAGCUGACGUCCCCAAAAGGUCCGGCACCUGCUCCCGGAGUAUCUUCUGCAACAUCAAGGUGUUUGUGCUGUGCCACGGGCUUCUCCAGCUCUCCCAGCUCCUCUACAGCGCCAACUUCAAGAGCAGCCUCACCACCAUUGAAAAGCGCUUUGGGCUCUCCAGUCUCUCUUCGGGUUUCAUCUCCAGCUUGCACGAGAUUGGCAACGUGGUCCUCAUCAUCUUUGUCAGCUACUUCGGCAGCCGAGUUCACCGCCCGCGGGUGAUUGGCAUGGGGGGGCUGCUGCUGGCGCUGGGAGCAUUCCUGGUUACCCUGCCCCACUUCCUAUCAGACCCCUACGAAUACACCACGCUUAGCACCGGUAACAAAAGCCAGGUCCAGGCUGAACUCUGCUAUGCAGAGAAUAAGUUUGUGUGCCCGAAAGCCACCCAGGAUCCCCAGAAGGAGGCCAGCAGCAUAUGGGCAAUGAUGGUCAUCGCCCAGCUGCUGGCUGGAAUUGGGACAGUUCCCAUCCAGCCCUUUGGGAUAUCCUACGUAGAUGACUUUGCAGAAGCAAACAAUUCCCCGCUGUAUGUCGCCAUCCUCUUUGCCAUUGCCGUGUUCGGCCCUGCUUUUGGAUACUUGCUGGGGUCUGUGGUGCUGCGGCUCUUCGUGGAUAUUGGAAGAGUUGACAUGGCUACAGUGGCCCUGACACCGAGGGACCAGCGGUGGGUUGGAGCGUGGUGGCUGGGACUGCUGAUCUCCUCAGGCUGCUUGGUGCUCACAUCCAUUCCUUAUUUUUUUUUCCCUCGGUACAUGCUGAAAGGAGAGGACCCAAACAUGGAGGCUGGCAUGCUCAGGAAGAUGGAGAAGGGGGUGGCUGAAGAAACCUCCCUGCUGGAAUUUAUAAAAAGAUUCCCAAAGAUCUUCCUCAGGCUGCUCCUCAACCCCCUCUUCAUCCUCCUGGUGCUGGCUCAGUGCAGCUUCUCCUCAGUCAUUGCGGGUCUGGCCACCUUCCUCAACAAGUUCCUGGAGAAGCAGUACGGUGCCUCCUCCUCGUACGCCAACUUUCUCAUAGGAGCCGUGAACCUGCCAGCAGCAGCGCUCGGGAUGCUCUUAGGAGGAAUCAUCAUGAAACGCUUUGCCUUCUCCCUCCGGGCCAUCCCCCGGUUUGCUGUGGUGGUGCUCGUUUUUUCCAUCCUCAUCUGCCUGCCCAUUUUCUUCAUGGGCUGCUCCACAGGGCGCAUCAAUGGGAUCUACCCCCCCAGUACAUUGAGUUCCCAGCAGCAGGUUAAGACGCCGAGUGGGUGCCACUGCUCUGAGCACAUCUUUCACCCAGUGUGCGGCGAAAACAACGUGGAGUACCUCUCCCCCUGCUUCGCUGGCUGCACAAACAGCACUGCUAAUUCUUCCACUCCCAAACAAGUGAUCUACAAGAACUGUUCCCUGAUCCCUGGUGGGAACGGGCUGUCCUCUGCCAAGACAGGCUCCUGUCCACUCAGCUGCUCCCACAUGCUCCUUCCUGCCAUAUUCCUUAUCUCUUUUGCUGCUCUGGUAGCCUGCCUGUCCCACAACCCCCUCUACAUGAUGGUUUUACGGGUGGUGAACCAGGAUGAGAAGUCGUUUGCCAUCGGAGUCCAGUUCUUACUAAUGAGGCUGCUGGCAUGGCUGCCGGCUCCGGCCAUGUUCGGUGCCCUCAUCGACUCCUCCUGCAUCUACUGGCAGAAGCAGUGCACCCAGCGCCGGUUCUGCGCCUACUACAACAAUGACUUCCUCCGCAACAGAUACCUGGGGCUACAGGUGGGCUACAAGGUGGUGGGCACCAUCCUUCUCGCCCUCAUCAGCUGGAAAGUGAAGAGGAGCAAGGAGUACAACGUGCAGGAGAAGGCAGCGGGGCUGGUGUAGCCCACCCAAGGACUGACUCUGCACACCCCAUUACCCACUGCCAGUACUUUUUGUCUUUUUUGGGUUUGUUUUUCCUCCUAAGGGAGCGACUUCACCUUAGCAGCUCUGAGCUCCUCUCCUGCAGCCCGCGGCACCGUCAUGCUCCUGGCGAGGGAUGCUCCAUGCCAGCCCCCUCCUGGGACUGGCUCCUCCCAGGCUUUCCAGCCGCACCUUGCCCAUCGCUUUGGGGAGGGGGCAGCCCCCCACUACCUGGAGCAGGAGGCAGACAGGGGCUGGAGUGCAGCCCCAUCCCAUAUACGCGGAGAGGUGCCUGCUGUGGGCGAUGGUCCCCGCUCCGACGUGACAUUUCCAGAUGGGUAAUGCCCUCCAGGCUGGGACAGGAGCAGGGGAGAUGGCUGCCAACCCUGUGGGGCUGCCCCAUGUCCCCCCCCCAUCCGCACCCCUCGCAGAGGUCAGCGUGGACACAGCAUACAUAUUGUGAAAAGUUAUCACUAGGAGUUUAUUGCAGAACAUUUGGGGGUUUGUUGCUCUUUUUUUUUUUUUAAAUAAAGGUCACUUUUCCAA